AGGGUCCUUUCAGUCCUGCCCUCAGCUCCUCUGACUGCUCUACUUCACUGACCCUCCAGCCCUCCAGCAACCCCACAGCCAGGUGUAGCCAGGCUGGAGAGGAGAAGCUGCCACCAUGGUUGCACUUUCGCUGAAGAUCAGCAUCGGGAAUGUGGUGAAGACGAUGCAGUUUGAGCCGUCUACCAUGGUAUACGAUGCCUGUCGCAUCAUUCGUGAGCGUAUCCCAGAGGCCCUGGCUGGCCCUCCCAGCGACUUUGGGCUGUUUCUGUCAGAUGACGACCCCAAAAAAGGCAUAUGGCUGGAGGCCGGGAAAGCUUUGGAUUACUAUAUGCUCCGAAAUGGGGACACCAUGGAAUACAGGAAGAAGCAGAGGCCCCUGAAAAUCCGUAUGCUCGAUGGAACUGUGAAGACUAUCAUGGUGGAUGACUCUAAGACUGUCACCGACAUGCUCAUGACCAUCUGUGCCCGCAUCGGCAUCACCAACCAUGAUGAAUAUUCACUGGUUCGAGAGCUGAUGGAAGAGAAAAAGGAGGAGGUGACAGGGACCUUACGAAAGGACAAGACCCUGCUACGAGAUGAAAAGAAGAUGGAGAAACUAAAGCAGAAGUUGCACACAGACGAUGAAUUGAACUGGCUGGACCAUGGCCGCACAUUGAGGGAACAGGGAGUGGAGGAGCAUGAGACGCUUCUGCUGCGGAGGAAGUUCUUCUACUCAGACCAGAAUGUGGACUCCCGGGACCCCGUGCAGCUGAACCUUCUUUAUGUGCAGGCACGAGAUGACAUCCUCAAUGGCUCCCACCCUGUCUCCUUCGACAAGGCCUGUGAGUUUGCUGGCUUCCAAUGCCAGAUCCAGUUUGGGCCCCACAAUGAACAGAAGCACAAGGCUGGCUUCCUCGACCUGAAGGACUUCCUGCCCAAGGAGUAUGUGAAGCAGAAGGGAGAGCGUAAGAUCUUCCAGGCACACAAGAACUGUGGGCAGAUGAGUGAGAUCGAGGCCAAGGUGCGCUACGUGAAGCUAGCCCGUUCCCUCAAGACCUAUGGUGUCUCCUUUUUUCUGGUUAAGGAAAAGAUGAAAGGAAAGAACAAGCUGGUGCCCAGGCUUCUGGGCAUCACUAAGGAGUGUGUGAUGCGAGUGGAUGAGAAGACCAAAGAGGUGAUCCAGGAAUGGAGCCUCACCAACAUCAAACGCUGGGCUGCCUCUCCUAAGAGCUUCACCCUGGAUUUCGGGGACUACCAGGAUGGCUACUACUCAGUACAGACAACGGAAGGGGAGCAGAUCGCACAGCUCAUCGCCGGCUACAUUGAUAUCAUCCUUAAGAAGAAAAAAAGCAAGGAUCACUUUGGGCUGGAAGGAGACGAGGAGUCUACUAUGCUAGAGGACUCAGUGUCCCCCAAAAAGUCGACAGUCCUUCAGCAGCAGUAUAACCGGGUGGGGAAAGUAGAGCACGGCUCUGUGGCCCUGCCUGCCAUCAUGCGCUCUGGAGCCUCUGGUCCUGAGAAUUUCCAGGUGGGCAGCAUGCCACCUGCCCAGCAACAGAUUACCAGCGGCCAGAUGCACCGGGGACACAUGCCCCCUUUGACAUCAGCCCAGCAGGCACUCACUGGGACCAUUAACUCUAGCAUGCAGGCUGUGCAAGCCGCCCAGGCCACUCUGGAUGACUUUGACACUCUGCCCCCUCUGGGCCAGGAUGCUGCCUCUAAGGCCUGGCGUAAGAACAAGAUGGAUGAAUCAAAGCAUGAGAUCCACUCCCAGGUAGAUGCCAUCACAGCUGGUACUGCCUCCGUGGUGAACCUGACAGCAGGGGACCCCGCGGAGACAGACUACACGGCAGUGGGCUGUGCAGUCACCACGAUCUCCUCCAACCUGACGGAGAUGUCCCGCGGCGUGAAGCUGCUGGCCGCCCUGCUGGAGGAUGAAGGCAGUAGUGGCCGGCCUCUGCUGCAGGCCGCGAAGGGCCUUGCCGGGGCGGUGUCAGAGCUGCUGCGCAGCGCCCAGCCAGCCAGCGCUGAGCCCCGUCAGAACCUGCUGCAAGCAGCUGGGAACGUGGGCCAGGCCAGUGGGGAGCUGUUGCAGCAAAUUGGGGAAAGUGAUACUGACCCCCACUUUCAGGACGUACUAAUGCAGCUAGCCAAGGCCGUGGCAAGUGCUGCAGCUGCCUUGGUCCUCAAGGCCAAGAGUGUGGCCCAGCGGACAGAGGACUCAGGGCUUCAGACCCAGGUCAUUGCUGCAGCGACACAGUGUGCCUUGUCUACCUCCCAGCUGGUGGCCUGUACCAAGGUGGUGGCACCUACAAUCAGCUCACCUGUCUGCCAAGAGCAGCUGGUGGAGGCCGGACGCCUGGUGGCCAAAGCCGUGGAGGGCUGUGUGUCCGCCUCCCAGGCAGCCACGGACGAUGGGCAGCUGCUGCGGGGGGUAGGAGCGGCGGCCACAGCUGUCACCCAGGCCCUGAAUGAGCUGUUGCAGCACGUGAAGGCCCAUGCCUCAGGGGCUGGGCCUGCUGGCCGUUAUGACCAGGCCACUGACACCAUCCUCACUGUCACCGAGAACAUCUUCAGUUCCAUGGGUGAUGCUGGUGAGAUGGUACGACAGGCUCGCAUCCUAGCCCAAGCCACCUCUGACCUGGUCAAUGCCAUCAAGGCUGAUGCCGAGGGGGAGAGUGAUCUGGAGAAUUCUCGCAAGCUAUUAAGCGCUGCUAAGAUCCUGGCCGAUGCCACAGCCAAGAUGGUGGAGGCUGCCAAGGGAGCAGCCGCUCACCCUGACAGUGAGGAGCAGCAGCAGCGGCUGCGGGAGGCGGCUGAGGGUCUGCGCAUGGCCACCAACGCGGCUGCGCAGAAUGCCAUCAAGAAGAAGCUGGUGCAGCGCCUGGAGCACGCAGCCAAACAGGCUGCAGCCUCAGCUACACAGACUAUUGCGGCAGCCCAGCAUGCAGCCUCCACCCCCAAGGCCUCUGCUGGCCCCCAGCCUGUGCUGGUGCAGAGCUGCAAGGCUGUGGCAGAACAGAUUCCACUGCUGGUGCAGGGCGUCCGAGGGAGCCAAGCUCAGCCCGACAGUCCCAGUGCUCAGCUGGCCCUCAUUGCUGCAAGCCAGAGCUUCCUGCAGCCAGGUGGGAAGAUGGUGGCCGCUGCAAAGGCCUCAGUGCCAACAAUUCAGGACCAGGCUUCGGCCAUGCAGCUGAGUCAGUGUGCUAAAAACCUUGGCACUGCAUUGGCUGAACUUCGGACCGCUGCCCAGAAGGCUCAGGAAGCAUGUGGGCCUUUGGAGAUGGAUUCUGCACUGAGUGUGGUACAGAAUCUAGAGAGAGAUCUGCAGGAAGUGAAGGCAGCAGCUCGAGAUGGCAAACUUAAACCCUUACCUGGGGAGACCAGCCAGGAGGACCGGGCCCAGAUCGUGUCCAACUUGAAGGGCAUCUCUAUGUCUUCAAGCAAACUUCUUCUGGCUGCCAAGGCCCUAUCCACAGACCCUGCUUCCCCCAACCUCAAGAGUCAGCUGGCUGCAGCUGCCCGGGCGGUGACCGACAGCAUCAACCAGCUCAUCACCAUGUGUACCCAGCAGGCGCCAGGCCAGAAAGAGUGUGACAAUGCCCUGCGGGAAUUGGAGACAGUCCGAGAACUCCUGGAGAACCCAGUCCAGCCCAUCAAUGACCUGUCCUACUUUGGCUGCCUCGACAGUGUAAUGGAGAACUCAAAGGUACUGGGCGAGGCCAUGACGGGCAUCUCCCAAAACGCCAAGAAUGGAAACCUGCCGGAGUUUGGGGAAGCCAUUGCCACGGCGUCCAAAGCCCUCUGUGGCUUCACCGAGGCGGCUGCUCAGGCUGCGUAUCUGGUGGGGGUCUCUGAUCCCAAUAGCCAAGCAGGGCAGCAAGGACUGGUGGAGCCCACACAGUUCGCCCGUGCAAACCAGGCGAUUCAGAUGGCCUGUCAGAGUUUGGGGGAGCCUGGCUGUACACAGGCCCAGGUGCUCUCUGCAGCCACCAUUGUGGCCAAACACACCUCUGCACUGUGUAACAGCUGCCGCCUGGCUUCUGCUCGCACCGCCAAUCCUACCGCCAAGCGCCAGUUUGUACAGUCGGCCAAGGAGGUGGCCAACAGCACAGCCAAUCUCGUGAAGACUAUCAAGGCGCUUGAUGGAGCUUUCACAGAGGAGAACCGUGCCCAGUGCCGAGCAGCAACAGCCCCUCUGCUGGAGGCUGUGGACAAUCUGAGUGCCUUUGCAUCCAACCCGGAGUUCUCCAGCAUUCCUGCCCAGAUCAGCCCCGAGGGCCGGGCUGCCAUGGAGCCCAUCGUGAUCUCUGCCAAGACAAUGUUGGAGAGUGCCGGGGGACUGAUCCAGACAGCCCGGGCCCUAGCAGUCAAUCCCCGGGACCCCCCGCGCUGGUCAGUGCUGGCUGGCCACUCCCGUACGGUCUCAGACUCCAUCAAGAAGCUUAUUACAAGCAUGAGGGACAAGGCUCCAGGGCAGCUGGAGUGUGAGACGGCCAUUGCAGCUCUGAACAGCUGUCUGCGGGACCUAGACCAGGCUUCCCUCGCUGCGGUCAGCCAACAGCUUGCUCCUCGUGAGGGAAUCUCUCAAGAGGCCUUGCACACUCAGAUGCUCACUGCAGUGCAAGAGAUCUCCCACCUUAUUGAACCGCUGGCCAGUGCCGCACGGGCUGAAGCCUCCCAGCUGGGACACAAGGUAUCCCAGAUGGCCCAAUACUUUGAGCCGCUCACUCUGGCUGCAGUGGGUGCCGCCUCCAAGACCCUGAGCCACCCACAGCAGAUGGCACUCCUGGACCAGACUAAAACCUUGGCAGAGUCUGCCUUACAGUUGCUGUACACAGCCAAGGAGGCUGGCGGGAACCCCAAGCAAGCAGCUCACACCCAGGAAGCCCUGGAGGAGGCUGUGCAGAUGAUGACAGAGGCCGUAGAGGACCUGACAACGACCCUCAACGAGGCAGCCAGUGCUGCUGGGGUUGUUGGCGGCAUGGUGGACUCCAUCACUCAGGCCAUCAACCAGCUAGAUGAAGGACCAAUGGGUGAACCAGAAGGUUCCUUCGUGGAUUACCAGACAACUAUGGUGCGGACAGCCAAGGCCAUUGCUGUCACCGUUCAAGAGAUGGUAACUAAAUCAAACACCAGCCCUGAGGAGCUGGGCCCUCUUGCUAACCAGCUGACCAGUGACUACGGCCGUCUGGCCUCACAGGCCAAGCCUGCAGCUGUGGCUGCUGAGAAUGAAGAGAUAGGCGCCCACAUCAAGCACCGGGUGCAGGAGCUGGGGCACGGCUGUGCUGCUUUGGUCACCAAGGCAGGCGCCCUACAGUGCAGCCCCAGUGAUGCCUACACCAAGAAGGAGCUCAUAGAGUGUGCCCGGAGAGUCUCCGAGAAGGUCUCCCAUGUGCUGGCUGCACUCCAGGCCGGGAACCGUGGCACCCAGGCCUGCAUCACAGCAGCCAGUGCUGUGUCCGGCAUCAUCGCCGACCUCGACACCACCAUCAUGUUCGCUACCGCCGGUACCCUCAAUCGCGAGGGUGCUGAAACUUUCGCAGACCACCGGGAAGGCAUUCUGAAGACUGCAAAGGUGCUGGUGGAAGACACCAAGGUCCUGGUGCAGAAUGCAGCUGGGAGCCAGGAGAAGUUAGCACAGGCUGCCCAGUCCUCCGUGGCCACCAUCACCCGCCUUGCUGAUGUGGUCAAGCUGGGCGCAGCCAGCCUGGGAGCUGAGGACCCUGAGACACAGGUAGUGCUGAUCAACGCAGUGAAAGAUGUGGCCAAAGCCCUGGGAGACCUCAUCAGCGCAACAAAGGCUGCAGCUGGCAAAGUUGGGGAUGACCCUGCUGUGUGGCAGCUCAAGAACUCUGCCAAGGUGAUGGUAACCAAUGUGACAUCAUUGCUCAAGACUGUGAAAGCCGUGGAAGAUGAAGCCACCAAAGGCACACGAGCCCUGGAGGCAACCACAGAACACAUACGGCAGGAGCUGGCGGUCUUCUGUUCUCCAGAGCCACCUGCCAAGACCUCUACCCCAGAAGAUUUCAUUCGCAUGACCAAGGGUAUCACUAUGGCAACAGCCAAGGCUGUUGCCGCUGGCAACUCCUGUCGCCAGGAGGAUGUCAUUGCCACAGCUAAUCUGAGUCGGCGUGCUAUCGCAGAUAUGCUUCGGGCUUGCAAGGAAGCAGCUUACCACCCAGAAGUGGCCCCUGAUGUGCGACUUCGAGCCCUGCACUAUGGCCGGGAGUGUGCCAAUGGCUACCUGGAGCUGCUGGACCACGUGCUGCUGACCCUGCAGAAGCCAAGCCCAGAACUGAAGCAGCAAUUGACGGGACACUCAAAGCGUGUGGCGGGUUCAGUCACUGAGCUCAUCCAGGCUGCUGAGGCCAUGAAGGGAACAGAAUGGGUGGACCCAGAGGACCCCACAGUCAUCGCUGAGAAUGAGCUCCUGGGAGCUGCAGCUGCCAUUGAGGCUGCAGCCAAAAAGCUGGAGCAGCUGAAGCCUCGGGCCAAACCCAAGGAGGCAGAUGAGUCCUUGAACUUUGAGGAGCAGAUAUUGGAAGCUGCCAAGUCCAUUGCAGCAGCCACCAGUGCCCUGGUAAAGGCUGCAUCAGCUGCCCAGAGGGAACUGGUGGCCCAAGGGAAGGUGGGCGCCAUUCCAGCCAAUGCACUGGAUGAUGGGCAGUGGUCCCAAGGCCUCAUUUCUGCUGCCCGGAUGGUGGCCGCAGCCACCAACAAUUUGUGUGAGGCGGCCAAUGCAGCCGUGCAAGGCCACGCCAGCCAGGAGAAGCUCAUCUCAUCAGCCAAGCAGGUAGCUGCCUCCACAGCCCAGCUCCUUGUGGCCUGCAAGGUCAAGGCUGACCAGGACUCGGAGGCAAUGAAACGACUUCAGGCUGCUGGCAAUGCAGUGAAGCGAGCCUCGGAUAACCUGGUGAAGGCAGCACAGAAGGCCGCAGCCUUUGAAGACCAAGAGAACGAGACAGUGGUGGUGAAGGAGAAGAUGGUUGGGGGCAUUGCCCAGAUCAUUGCCGCACAGGAAGAGAUGCUUCGGAAGGAACGAGAGCUGGAAGAGGCGCGGAAGAAGCUGGCACAGAUUCGGCAGCAACAGUACAAGUUCCUGCCUUCAGAGCUUCGAGAUGAGCACUAGGGCAGCCGCUUCUAUUUAAUGCAGACCCAGCCCAGAGACUGUGCCUGCCACUACCAAAGCCUUCUGGGCUGUCGGGCCCGACCUGCCCAACCCCAGCACUCCCCCAAGUGCCUGCCAAACCCUGGGCCUGGGCCUGCCCAGUCCCGCUGCACAUCCCCUGUCCCCUCCCUGACUCCAAGUGCCUUCAUGCCCUAGGGCCCCCUAAGUGCCUGCCCCUCCCUAGAGUAUUAACGCUCCAAGAGUAUUAUUAACGCUGCUGUACCUCAGUCUGAACCUGCCAGGGCUCCCGCCCGCUCCACCCUGCCAGCAGCUUCCAGCCAGUCCCCACAGCCUUGGCUCUGCUCCUCCUUUUUUGAUACUGUCUACCCCUACCCCCAGCUACCUGUGGGGACCGCAGGGUUACAAGCCCCAAACAGGUCAUGCUCCAAUAAAGGUGAUUCUGCCUGCGA